CCCUCCUCCAUGGCCAGCCGCCGCCAUCGAUCAGAGACUAGCCGCUUCCGUCCGCUCCCCGCUGCAUAUUCUUCAUUGUUUUCACCCUCCAGUCUUACUAUAAUCGGCGAAAGAGGAGGGUAUUUUGAAAAGAAAAGAGGAAAACCUAGCAAUAGCUAGUCUCUAAUCGAUGGCGGCGGCUGGCCACAGACAGACGGCGGCGGCAGUCCCCUACUGCUACCUUUUCCGAUGCUUCUGUCGCUGGCGCCUAAAGUGCUCGGACAGCAUCCAGCGCUACGCCCCCGGCAUGGACUACCGGCGCAUCCAGGACAAGGACGGCGCCGACGACCGCCCCCAGUGGUCGGUCCUCGUCGGCUGCACAUGCGCCGACCAGCACCUCCACAACCUCCGCCUGCACCGCUUCCGCGUGACCUCGUCGGGCCGGGUCAUACCACGCCGUCUCGGCCCAUGGCGAGCUCUGGGCACCAGCCGUAUUGACAGAGAGAAUCGAGGACAGUCCGGGCAUGUUCAGCUGGCGCCUCCUUGUGCAUAGGCUUGACAAAGGAGGCCACGGAUGGGACGUGGCUGCCAGCCACCACUCCCUGGAACGGCUGGAGCGUACAUACCAAUCCCUAUUCGCUGGCCCUCUGCUCCGGGGCUACGCUGUCAUCGACGACAAGUUCAUCCUGCUGUCACUCAUCGAUUCCACCUUCUUCUGCUUCAACUGCGCCACCGGCUCCUUGACCCGUGUCCGCACUGCUACCGACAAGGCCUCCGAUUAUGAAUAUAUCUCCGGCAGGGCAGUGCAUGUCCAGGAGGAAGGCGCGAUCUUUUUCAUCAAUGGCACCACUCUGUUUGCCUACAAGUACUCGCCGGAGGAGGAGGAGGACGCGCCGCUCGAGCCGCCGGUGAUGGUCGACAUGCUGUGGCCGUACUACAACGAAGGGCGUGGCUUCAUCGUUCAGCUCGCGGGCCAGAUGCUGUGCGCGGUGUGGAUCAACAUGUACGAGGCGUGCAGCUGCGACGCGCGGCAUGCGAUGAUCACCACGUUCCGCGUCCGGAGCGCAGCCGGAUCAGACGACGGUGAAGGCAGCCCUGUCCACGGCAUCGAGGUCCUGUACUCCACAUGCCGCAGGGUGGACAUGCUCAGAGAAAAAUCGUAUCAGUACAAUCACUAUGACACUUUUGCCACUUUGCAGGCAUAUACUGACGAUGCAUGCAAGGUGGAUGAUACCUCACUGCGCGCAAUGUUCGGAGGGUUCGACCACCCUGUUGAAGAUUCCCAAGAAAUGCUUAAAUGCUGCAGGAAUUAUUUGAAACGAAAGGGCGAACUGGUUUGGACCGCAGGCAGUCUUGUGGACUGCAAAGUGGUGACCAAAUGUGAUCUGUAUUUCAUAUGCCAGGUUGAUCAGCAAUCUGUGUUAUAUCAAAUCUCUACUACUGGAGGAAAGUUGAGAUGUGAUGCAAGUGUGCUAGAACCACAGUUGUGUCUAGACACAAUUAGAGAUGGAGGUGUCAGUGUAGAUUUCCCUGCAACCUGGCAUUUUGUACAUGACGGAUCCCAGUUGUUUGUCAUCCCUUCUUUCCCACACCAUAGCCAGUACAAGGUUGAUCUGAGCAGUAUGUCCUACUCCCUCGUCGAGAGCAGACCGGGCAGUGUCUAUUUUUCGGCCGUCUUCCGAGCUGGUGAAGACAUUGUCGCCAUCGGCGAGAAGUUGAUGGCUGUCUAUACUCUUGAUAGGCAGACUUUACAGUGGGUCUAUCGCCGAACAUCGGGGGAUUUGGAUUUGGAGCAAGAGAUUAAGGUUUUUGGAUUUGUCGACGUAGGCGACGGCGCAUUUCUGAUCUCGGAUUUCGACACGGAGAGGUGUUUCUUGUGUGACCUGAGGCAUGGUGGUAAGUGGUUUGUUGUGGAGCCACCAAGUAUGAGCAGGUGGCUCGGCGAAAUCGGUUUGCUGAAUGGGCGAUGCAUUUUUGCGGAGGGUUUUGUGUAUGCCUGCUGGGAUGAAGGCCUUGAGGCUUAUGAGUUGGCUCAAGAUGAUGGAAAAUUUAUCCUUGGUGCUCCCAUGGUGCUGGAAUUUCCCUGGGACAAGUUCUCCGACAGAAGGUUUAUGAGCUUUGAGUGCAUUGGUAAGGAGGAGGACAGCAUCUCUGCUGGUGGCAUUGUCUUCUGCGUGAUCCAAGGGUAUUUUACUCCGGAUCCUUUUACUGAUAGUCAUUCCCUGACUGCCACCACCGUGAUCGUGGAGCGUGAAGAUGCACCCGGAGGGAAAAAACGGCCUGUCAGAGUCAAGCAUGUUGAUGUUGCUGUUUCAUCUGUCCAUCAUGAGGAGCCCAUCUUGACAAACUAUGCCUUUGCUUUAUAAGUAUUUUGAUGAUCCAACUCCAUCUACUACUGUGCUUUGUCUUUCUCCUGAAUAAUGAAUAGUAAUAAAUAUACAUGUGUACUACUAUCACAUUAUUUGUAGUAUUGUUUUAUCUUUGUAUUCUGGUGACAAGUUGUUCUUUGAUUCAUAGGACAAGUGGAGGAAAAACAUAGGAAUAUGAAUUCUCCUUUCCUUGCACCUAAAUUGUAGUACAAUCCCCUCUCUCGAUUAAUAUGGAUCGGAGGGAGUAGUUAAUUUUACAAUCCGCUCAUGACUAGAAUUGUGGAUUUCUUUACGACUGCCCAGAUAUCUACUCUACUAGUCUAAUUAAGGGAUAACGUUUGAGGACUGCCCAGAGAACACGUACAGAAAUUUAAAGCUGAGUAUCAGACAGAAAAAUACCAGUCUGGAUGGUCUCUUCCCCUCAUAAAACUAAUUUGCUCAUGUUACUUACAGAUAACAAAACUAGAGUAGCGUGGGGGUGUUGAAGCUGCAGGUGGGUCCAGCCUUUUCAUAGCAUCUGUUUCGAAUUAUAUGCUGCACCACUCAAAUAUUCUGAGUCGAAUGUG